AUGAACACCUUCUGCAACGAACCAGGAAGCUCCCUUAGGGUUUCCCAUCACACAGGGCUGCGAGCGGCGGAGGCAGGCAACAACGACGGAGGGCUCGCCGAUCUGGAGAGGCGGAGGCAGCGGCGAUCUGGAGCGGUGGAUGGAGAGCGGCAGAGGCAGAGCGGUGGAUCGAGAGCGGCGGAGGCAGGCAGCAACGACGGAGGGCUCGCCGAUCUGGAGAGGCGGAGGCAGCGGCGAUCUAGAGCGGUGGAUGGAGAGCAGCGGAGGCAGGCAGCAACGACGGAGGCUCGCCGAUCUGGAGAGGCGGAGGCAGCGGCGAUCUGGAGAGGUGGAUCGAGAGCGGCGGAGGCAGGCAGCAACGACGGAGGCUCGCCAAUCUGGAGCGGCUUGGUGAUGGCGAUCUGGAGCGGUGGAUCUAGAGCGGCGGAGGCAGCAGCAGCGGCGGAGGCAGCGACGGAGGCACGGACAGAGAAGAGUGAGAGCACAAGGGGAGUGAGCACGAAGAAGAGAAGAAGAAUGGGAGCCACGGGCAGAGAGAAGUGA